AUGGCAAAAUUAAAAGCACUCGUUUUGCUUGCCAUCGCGCUGGAGUGUAAUGGACAUCUGCGCCUCCUCGGUGAUAUUCUCUCCGGUGCCCACGAUAGGAUUCACUCGAAAGUUCAAGACGUCGCCGGCGCAGUGCUGGGAGGCCUCACUCACGGCGUUAACUUAGAGUUUCAUAGUCAUAUUGGCGUCAACGAACAGCAGCGUCCGGGAUACGGUCAACUCAACCCCAAUCAAAACGUAUAUAAUCCCCACAGAAGACCCGAUGAAACCGUAGUCGUAGUCGUCGAAGAACAAGGUAACGGUGAAAAUAAUAAAAGGCCACCCUAUUACCCCGACCAUUAUCAAGGAAAUAAUCCAAUCAAUCAACAGUAUAAUCCCCAGUCCGACUACAGCCAAAAUGAGAAUCAAUUUAACGGACCCCCAAAAUAUGGCAACCACUAUAAUCGUCCAGAUUACGAGCAAAACGGUCACAACUACGGACACUUCGACACCGAGCGUCCGUAUUUCAACCAAAAUAAUGUAGAUCGUCCCAAUAUCAACGAUAACAAUCGUGGCGAUGGCCAACAGAACGUCUACGGAACACACACACAACACCCAGACCAGCCGACGACAGAGGUCAUCAAAAGACCCAUUGAAGAAAGCACCACUAAAAAGGACGACGAUGACGAUGAUCGUCCAUUCUUUGUUCCUCUAAACCCUAAUGAGUACGUGUACGGCGGAGACCAGAUCAACGUCACUGCACCGAAGCGGGAGACCGUCGAUAAAGCCAUAGAAAACGGAGAUUAUAAUCUCGAUGUUAGGAGUAAGGAAAAAUAA